CGGUCCCCGGAAACGCCGCCCGCGCGGGGUGGGCGGGAGGGGCGGCCCGCCCCCACCGGGGCACGAGAUCCCCGCCCCCCCGAGUCCCCCGGCGGUCAGGAUGCGGGGUCCCCCCUCUUUUGUUCGGGUAACGGCCAGGGCGGGGCGUCGCCGCGGCCCGGACGGACGGUCGGCGGGCGGCCGGAAGGAGGACGCCCCGGGCUGGGGCCGAGUUGGGCGCGCGCCGCCCCCACCUCGGGAGCCGCCUGGUGGGACGACGGCCCUCAGCGCCUUUUUCCAGGAGACCAACAUCCCCUAUAGCCACCACCACCACCAGAUGAUGUGCACUCCUGCCAACACCCCCGCCACGCCCCCCAACUUCCCCGAUGCCCUCACCAUGUUCUCCCGUCUCAAGGCUUCUGAGAGUUUCCACGGUGGCGGCAGUGGCAGCCCAAUGGCCGCCACGGCCACGUCCCCCCCGCCGCACUUCCCCCACGCCGCCACCGGCAGCUUCGCGGCACCCAGCUGGCCGACCACGGCCUCGCCCCCAGGGGGGCCACAGCACCACCAGCCACAGCAGCCGCCCCUGUGGACUCCGGCACCCCCUUCCCCAGCGUCAGACUGGCCGCCCUUGGCCCCCCAACAGGCCGCCUCAGAACCGAGGGCCCACCCCGCCAUGGAGGCCGAGAGAUAAGGGAGGCCCCUCCCCCCUCCCGGAGGCCAGGACCCUGUGGGGCGGGGGAGAGGAUGUCUCCGCGGGCCCCCUUCACCCUCCUCUGUCUGCACCCCCGUUCCCCGGAGCCCUGGAGGGGAGAGACCGGACCCUGGUGCCAGCACACAGGCCGCCCGUGCGCGAACACGGAGGCGCAGGCCCGUGGCACCCAGCUUGCAUGGAUGUGGUUCAGAGUCGUCUUGGUGCUGGUGGACGGAACUUCAGAGAACAAGCAGCCUUCCCCAGAGGACUCGCUCGCCCUGCCCCACCCCAGGGGGCUGCGGAGAAUCGCCACAGCAGCGGAGACUUGGCUGGCUCCUGCCUUGGAGCUCCUUGGGGGCCAGCAGGCCUAGAUCCCCACCCUCGGGAAUGCAGAGCCUUCUCCGCAUGUGUGUGUGUAGCUGUGUAUGUAUUUAUAUGUAUGUCGCUCCUCAAGACGCAACCUAGUUUACGGGGCAGCUGGACUUUGCAUGUUAGAGUGAGCCCCCAAACCCCUUGCCCGCCACCCCUCUCCCCAGGGCCCCGCCCCUCUCUCCCACCUCCUUGUCAGCCAGCCUUGCUGUUCCCUGCAGAGAAAAGAAUUGUGGGAAACUCCAGGACUCUUCCCACCCAUUCCCCAGCGCUUGCCUGCUGGGGCUGCCUGCAUGCCUCCCCCAGAGCCCGGGGGUACCUCACACCCUUUCCCUUCCCCCUUUUAACAAAAGAGAAGAAAAGAGUUCAAACUACCACCAGGCUUUGUGGUCUUGCCUCGUAUCCUAAGCUUUGCUGCCAGCUGGCUCCAUGUGGAGAGGCAGGGCACUGACAGAGCCCAGACCCCACCCCCACCCCCCCAGUCCUGCCUGGCUCCACACUGCUGCUGUCUCUUGCUGUCUUUUCAACCAUAACGUGGCUCUGGAAUCUUCCUGCCCAUCCAAGGUUCUUCCCAGGAAGUUCAUUUCUGGCCAGUGUUCCCAGAAUCCCAGCCCUCCUGCCCAUCCUUCCCCUGUCCGGCUGGACUGAUCCUGACCUCCAGGGCUAACAACUCCUUCCAGUCUGCUUGGGUUUCACAUAAGGACCUUUUUUUGUGUGUCUUUAGGGCCCCAAUGGCUGGCUGCAGGCUGCAGGCCGGACUCUCCAAGCCCAACCUCCAGCAAACAUGCCUGGUAGGGCAGGGCCCUCCCCUGGGGAGCCGCAGACCACAGCGCCCGUGGUCAGAUAGCAGGCUUCUGCGCAGAGCCAGUGGGGGCUCGUGACAGGAACAGGACAAGCCCAGGGCAGAGUCCAACCUGCAACUCAGACCUUUUGUCACUAAGGAGACCGGCAAACCAGGGAGAGCAGAUGGGAUCCCGGGCUGCUCCUGAGCUGGGCUGGGACAGACACCUGCUCUCAUCCCAAGGGAGAAGCCAGGGAUGCCCCACUCUGUCCCCUCCCCCUCCCCCCACAGCUGCCCACGCUGGGGGAUACGGUUCCCGGGGCAGCCUCAGCCUUGCACCCCUUGUGAGGGACUGGGCUUUGGGGAAGGAGGGAGGCCACGGUCUCUGCCCAAUCCUCAGUAGAGGCAGAUCUCAUUCCCUAACGUAGGAUGGCCCACCUGGCGCCCAGCCCCUCAGGUGCCCCCUUCUGCGGAUGAUGACUGGGUUGGAGAGUGUCUUCUGUUGCAGAAGGUCUCCUGUUUGAUGUCUCUGCACUCCUCACCGCAGUCCUGCCCUUGCGCCCAGGGAUGAGGAUGCUCCUGUGCUGGUGUCGCCACUGCUGCUCCCUGGCCUCCCCAGCUUUGUCUCCACCCUGCUGGACCCUGGACAGGCUCCUGGUUGACUGUACCCUCUGGGUGUCACUGAAGACUGACCACUGGGCCCCCGCCCAAGCUGUUGCUUAGGUCUUGGAGUUGUGUCCUCAUCUUGAAACCCACCCUUCUAAGGGCGUUCCUCUUGAAGUCCAGAGGCGGGGGCACAGCUGUUUCUGGGGUGCGUGUGGGGAGGGUAGGGAGGGGCGGGAUGGAUAAGAGUGAGGACAUCUGGGGCCCUCCUGAAUCUUCGCUACCGCUGCUGCUCCGUUCUUUUUGAUGAGGGAAAAUUCUCAGAUAACUGCCACACCCCCCUCAAGUGGUGGGAGAAAUGCAGAGACAAGUACGUGUUUAUGGGUUACCUGCUGCGGAGGGGUGAGUGCGCCUGGGCUGCCCCAGGGAAUGAUGACUGUGUCAGAGGCACCAGAGAGCCAGGGCUCCAUCUAGAAUUUGCACUCCUGGAGACAUAGGAGGCUCUACCCUGGGCGGCUACACAGUCUGGUCCCCAGACCAGCAGCACCACCUGGGAGCUUGUUAGAGGUGCAGGACCUCGAGCUCCACGUUGAGAAAUGUUCCUCCACGACAUCUCUACUCAGUGCUGAUCUGUUGGAGGUGAGGUGCAUUUUUCUGUUCCUGGGGGACUGCCAUGGGCUGUGCCUGGAGGUCGCAGGUGGUCACCUUGGGCCAGAAAGGACUGGAAGUUCCUGUAGGCCCUGGCUUUCCAACCUGGGCACUGUGGACAUUUGGGGCUGGCUCACUGUCUGCUGGGGGUGUCCUGUGCCCUGUGGGAUAUUGACCAGCAUUUCGGCCCCUACCCGCUAGACGCCAGCAGCAUCUCCCAGUUGUGACAACCAAAAACGUCUGUAGACAUGGCAGAAUGUCUCCUAGACCUGUGGUUCCCAUGGUUGGCUGCACAGUAGAGCCUCCUGGGAGCUCCGUAAAAAGACAAACCAUAGACUCCCAGACCCCACGGCAUCAGAGUCUCGCGGGGGAAGGCUCGACGGUAUAAUUUUAAACGUUCCCCAGGCUAUUGGUUGAUCGGCUUGGGAAUAAAAAUUACUUAAUCGUA